CCUCUCCCACUUGCUCGCCUUCUCUCUCCUCUCCUCUUCUGCUUCUCCUCCCAGAUCUCUCUCCCACACCCCACCGCCGCCAGCGACGCGAGGCGGGAUCAGGCCAUGGACGGCGGCGGCGGCGGAGGAGGAGGCGGGUUCGGACUGGGCGGCCUCCAGUGGACGGCGGAGGAGGCGUCGACGAUCGGGGGCAUCGCGACGGUGUCGCUGCUGCACUCCUUCAUCCCCACGCACUGGCUCCCCUUCUCCAUCGUCGCCCGCGCCCAGCGGUGGCCGCUCUCCCGCACCCUCCUCGUCACUGCAUUUGGAGGCGUCCUUCAUGUUGUUUCCACUGCUCUUCUUGGGAUAACUGCUGUUACUAUGGCAAAUACUAUAGCAGGCGAGGAAACAGUGCAUAAACUUGCAUCACUGUUGCUGAUUGUUCUUGGUGGAAGUUAUAUCCUGCUGUUUGCACUGGGAAAAGGUGGCCAUGGCCAUGCUCAUAAUCAUCCAAUGGAGAAGAUGGCAGUUGCAGGUCUUGUACUUGUACCUGCAUUAUCACCCUGUGCAACAACUCUUCCAGUGUUUCUUGCUGUUGGCAAUUCAUCCUCCAUGAUGAUCCUUGCGAUCAUUGUGCUCCUCUUUAGUACCAUCACAGUGAUGACAUCCUUGGUGGCCCUCUCAUUCUACGGUGCUAGCCAGAUUAAGUUCCACUGGGUGGAACGUUACGACAAGAUCCUUGUCGGCUCGGUCCUGUGCCUCGUUGGGGUUUUGACAUACGUAUUCCAUCACCAUGACGGCGACGAACACUCUCUCCAUGAACACGUGCACCGGAAACUCGUGGGUCUUUAGAGUAUAGUAUAAGAUUGCGGAUGAAACUUUCCUACACUUGCGAGAGAAAAUUGUGUUGUUCCCUAACCACUGUAACGGGUUUGCUGUAUACAGAUCUGAUUAUUAAUCCAUCUGAAGUCAGCUAGCCGGUUUUCUGGCAAUGCAAAGGUUGUGCUGACUUGUGUUGUAGUUGCCUGUACAUAGAGGUAUUCUAUCGUUUGCUUAUGCUGUUAUGCACCCCCAAAAUCAGAAUACUACUUGCAAAUGGGAAACAUACUUGAACUGCAUCCGUUGAAUUUGGAGUAUUUGGUGGUAAUGCAGAACUGGAAAUCAGAUUUGAUUA